AUGUCUUCUGACGAAGAGCAGCGAGUAAGAGGCGCUAACGCGAAGAAAGAAGAGGAAAGAAGAUUUGCACAACUGGCGAAGGAAAAGAUAGCGCAGUGGGUGGACGAAGGAAGAAUGGAGCCGCUUCCGGUGAUUGAGCAAGUCAGCCGUGGCAUCACGGAGAACAUGAAAAGGGCCUCGGUCGAUCUUCGCCUGGUACCCGCUCCCAUGAACAUCAGGGAGUAUAACAUCAUGAAGGCGAUGAUCGACCAGCUCACAGCUGGUGGCAUACCAGUCUAUGGGCAAAUCCAUCAGCCCGCGUGGGAGGCAAUGCCGUACCAAGAGAGUGCGGAGGUCUCCCACGCGCCACGGCUCGACCCUGCAGUCCGACAACAUCAGGGACUGAUUGAAGAUCGCAGUGCUGCAGUCAACCCCUCCACUGUCGGGUCGCUUACAUACGGAGCUCCAGUCAUACCGCGCCAGGAGCUCUAUAUGACUCCGGUGGACACGCUUUACCUCGACUGGAUGCUGGAGGCAGACCGAAAACUGAAGCUGUGGAGGCGACUGCCUCUUGAACUCCAUCCUCUUCUGAAGCAGUUCGCCACCCAUAUUGAAACGAGAGUACUACUCCCCGACCUCGGUUCUGAAAAAGGGGAGAUUGUCGUGCUAAGGGGACGAGCCCACUAUGAAUCUUAUAUAACCAGAUUCAUGAUUGUUGCUAUGCGGGCUCGGCAAAGGCAUGGUCAUCCGUCCAGCUACUGCGAUCGCUGA